AUGGCAAGCAACUUGCGUCUGGAAGCGCUCUUCGAGGUUAAAGACCGUUGGGUCGCCAUUACCGGUGCAGGUAGCGGUAUAGGUCGUAUGUUAGCACGAGGUUGUACAGUGAAUGGGGCCAACACCAUUCUCAUCGAUGUCAAUGAGCGUUCUCUGGAGGAGACCAAGACAGAGCUUCAAGAACUCAGCCAAUCUGGGGACUUAUCUCCGACCUCUGUAGUUACCGAAGCAGGUGUCACAGCGGUCGUCGCCGCAAUUAAAUCAAUACGCGGUUCACUUGAUGCUCUCAUACAUUGCGCCGCAGUACGCUAUAUGAACGAGGUUACUUAUAAGCCUGGUGGCAGUCUGGGUGACCUUGAAGAUGCGACUAUGUCUGCCCCCUAUCAAGGCUGGGAACAAACCUUUCGCUUGAACGUGCUCGCACCAUAUUAUCUGACUGCGGGUUUAGUACGCCUGCUGGGCACAGCAGCCGCGAAAGGCGAUGGUCGAGGCUGCGUGCUAAUGUUAAGCAGCCCAGCUAGUGUGCAUAAUCAUCAAUUUGUGCCCUGCUAUCAGACGUCUAAAGCAGCGGUUGAUCACCUUGUACGGAUCAUGGCCGCUGAGUUCGCAGACUACUACAUUCGCGUCAACGGGAUUUCACCAGGCAUUGUGCCUUCCGGAAUGACCACGACAGAUGCCAAUUCAAAUCUCCACCUAGCGGCAGAAGCUCCAGCGGGCCGAGCAGGGAACGAGGAUGACAUGGUAGGGACCAUGCUGUGGUUGAUCAGCAAGGCGGGCGCUUUUAUGGACGGCAAGGUUGUCAGGGUUGAAGGCGGCCGGCUUCUUAUUCUUCGAGGAGCAACGUGUCAUUCCGGUUGA